AUGGAUAAUUAUUGGCAUGUUUAUAAUGUGUUAAAUUUGACGAGUUCAAUCAACUCAACCGAUUGUUCCAUUUUCAAUUCGACUUUUGAUAUUAAGGCUUAUCAUAGAGUCAUAUUCUCAUAUCCAGUGACAUUUGACACUUCAGUUCCAUUUCCUCUUUCUUCUCCUUCAUUUGUGAUUGAGAAUGAUCAAUGGUUUAUGCAGAAAUUAUUUUUUGGAAUCAUUUCUGAUGAGAUAUUGAUGAACAUAUUCUCAAAAUUGGCAAGUCCAAAAUGUUACAGCAGUUAUAACUCUUAUUUGGGUGUAUUCCAUUAUAAUGAUGUCUCAAAAUAUUGGGAUUUGAUUCUGAAAGAUUCCAUGUUAUUCAUUGUGAUUGCAAGUUGUCUCUUGUUUUAUAUUUUAUUGAUCACAAGUUUUAGAAAAAGUUUGGCCAUGAAGAGAAGAUUAUUUGCACCAUUUAUUGGACCAUUUUGCAUGAUGAUCAUUUGUUUGGUUUAUAUUGAACCUAUUUUAAUGUCUCUAUUCAAACAUGUUGGAAAGAAUAUUAUUCCAUUCAUUCCAAUUCCAAAUUUAUUCAUUUCAUUAUUGAGUGCUUCUUAUAUUGUAGUGUCCAUUCGAUUUUAUUAUUUGAGAAAUUUAUAUCAAAUCAGAACAGGAUUAGAUGAAAAGAUGAAGAAUAACAAAAUGAAUAAUAUGAGAAUUUAUCGAAUUUUCGUUCAACCCUAUGUCACUCUCUCAUUGGUGAUCAUUAUCACUUGUAUUGUUUUUGGAAUUUGGUUUGGAAUAUUUUAUGGAAUUUUAGAAAGUAUAAUUAUUGAAAGAUUUGGAAGAUUUGAAUGGACACUUCAAUUUGAUGCUUCCUUAUUGGCAUUGACCACUCAAUUUGCAUUCUUGAGUUUAUUUUCAAUUCUUUGUUUAUUUGUUGAUGCCUUUUUCAAUUUGAAAAAGAUUAGAAAACAUGGCUUGUACUACUACUUCAUGUUUGAUGAUCCAUUCUACAUGAGAGUGGACAUUAUUUCACAGUUACUCAUUUUCUUAACUUCAAUUCUCGUCAUCUUGGACAUCUUUGUUUGGAAUACUCUCAUCAUCAACAGAAUUGGAAUUACUCUCUUCUUUUUGUUCUCUCUCAUGUUAUUUGGUGGAAAUAUAAUUUUAGUGGAAUUUUUAAUCUCUAUUAAGAAUAGAAAAGUGAAAACUUUUUGUGUGAACUCCACCAUUGACCAAUUGAGUCUUUUAGAAACUGAAUGGAUGGAAUAUAUGAAAGAUUUUAAUUUUAGAGAAUUACAAAAGAAAUAUGCAACAAAUGAAUUCUCAGUAGAAAAUUAUUUAUUAUUUGAAGACUUGGAAAAGUUGGAACGUAAACAAAGAGUCACUUUCGAUGACAUGACGUAUUUGAGCACCAAUUACUUUUCUCAUUUAGCUCCUUACUCGAUUAAUUUACCUGCAUUUUGUUACACUCAAUUCACACUUCUUCUUGGUAAUCUCACUCUAAAUCCAAAUGAAACCAUUUCCUUUAGUGAAUUAGAAGCCAUCAAAACACAAGUGAUUACCAAUAAUCUUGAUACCUAUAGUAGACUCAUUUUGACAGAUGAAUGUAAAAAGUGGAAAGAAGUUUCCAUGCUUCAACAAGAAUUGAAUAUUGUCCAUAAGAAGGUUUAA